CAUGGGAAAUGGUCUAAAACCGGAAAUUAAAUUUCAAAAAUCAAAACUAUCAUCAAAACGACAAAGGAGUACGCUUUGUCGUGCUGCGUUUUGGAAUAACCUUUUGUUCCCUUCUCUCUCUCUCUCUUUCUUGCUCAGACUCACUGCCCAAAGCCACAACACACAUUACCCACUCUUCUCUCUCUUUCUCACACACUGUUUCCUCUUGGAAUCUGUAAACUUAGGUUUUGGUUCUCAAACCUCUCUACCUACAUUUUCUUUUACAAAAAUUGAAUCUUUUCUUCAAGCACGAACCCUCCUCUCAGCGCUACAUUGAAGAAGCAAAGAGGAGGCUAAAAAUAUCUAUUGUAUAAACAAGGUUUUGAUUCAUUCUGUGUAUUGGAGAAGUAAUAUUACAGUAUGCAGACCCAAAAGGCAAGAAAUGGAUGUCCAGAUGUUCCUAAGAAGGUGUCUCCUCGAGCUGCUCGGCCACUGAAGAUCGCAGCGCUAGAGCCUGAAUCCUCGUCAUCUCCUGUCUCAGCCACUAUCAGAACACCAAAGGAUAAAAGCUCAAAAGUUCUAGAUCGUAGGUCUCCUCGAAGCCCUGUCUCUGAGAAGAAGAGACCGAGUAGAAUAACGGAGCUGGAGUUGCUAGUCUCGCAGCUUCAGGAGGAGCUGAAAAGGGCAAAAGAUCAAAUCUCAGUGUCUGAAACGUCAAAGAAGCAAGCAGAGCAAGAGGCAGGGGAGUCCAGGAAACAGCUGCAAGAAGUUUCCUCUAAGCUUGAGGAAAACCAGAAUCAGUUUUUGGAAAUUUCAGCCUUGGGAGAAGAAACCGAUAAAACCGGUUCUCUUGUUCAUCAAGGUGUAUCUCAGGAGUGUGAUUUUACUGCUGGUGAAAGAGCGGGAUUGGCUGCUGUUGCUCAUGAGAUUCGACAACUCAAGCUUCAGAUUGAGAUGGUGGCUUCUUCCGAAGCUGGUCAUGUGAAACAGGCUGAGUUGCAUAACUCGGAGGUUCAACUUUUGAGAGGAAACUUAAUGGACACGCUUUUCCACGUCGAGAAUUUCAGGAACCAACUCAAGGACUGUGAGGUAUCAGAAGCUGAAACCGAGGCUUUAGCCACUGAAACUCUUAGGCAAUUGGAGAAUGCGAAAAAGGCAGUAGAAGAACUGAAGUCAGAUGGCACAAAAGCAGUUGAGAGUUACAAGAAGAUGGCUGUGGAGCUUGAACAGUCAAAAUCAAGGAUGGUAUGGCUUGAAGCUCUUGUGAAUAAACUUCAGACCAAUCCAGCAGAUUUGGAAAACCAUGAAAUCCUGCUUAAAGACUAUGAAAGUUUGAAACGUGGGGAAUCAAAUGAGAUGGAUGAAGAAGUAUCUUCCUUAAGAUGUGAGGUAGAGCGACUGAGAGCGGCUCUAGAAGCUUCUGAUAAAAAAGACCAAGAGGGUAACAUAGAGGCUUCUUCUCGGUUACGGAUACAAGCUGAACUCCAGUCUGAAUUAAAGAUUGCUAAAUCCGAGAUAGACGAGCUAAAGGCGAGGUUGAUGGACAAGGAAACAGAAUUACAGUUUAUUUCAGAGGAGAGAGAUAACUUAUGCCUGAAACUGAUGAAGAACCAGAAAGAAAUAGAUGUUGAAGCUGAGCUGAAGAAACUAAGGGAGGCGAUCGAGAAUUUAAAGGCGGAUUUGAUGGAUAAAGAGACAGAACUCCAGAUCGUUUCAGAUGAGAACGAGACAUUGAAGUCAGAUAUCCACAAGAGGGAGACAGAUGUACAAGACGCGUUCAUGAAGCUUGGGAUUGCAAUGGAAGAGGCUGGCAAGAGUAGCAAGAAAGCGGUUAGAGUCACCGAGCAACUAGAGGCUACUCAAGCUUCAAACUCAGAAAUGGAAACAGAACUCAGGAAGCUCAAAGUUCAAUCAAACCAAUGGAGGAAAGCUGCUGAAGCAGCUACUGCCAUGCUCUCUGCUGGAAACAACGGGAAAUUCGCAGAGAACUAUAACCAAACGAACUCUCCUUACUCUGAGGAUAUCGAUGAUGAGCUGACAAAGAAGAAAAAUGGGAAUGUGCUCAAGAAGAUUGGAGUUUUGUGGAAGAAGCCUCAGAAAUAGUUGGAGAAUAACUAAUAUAAUGAUUAGGUAUCGUCGAUUUGGAGUUGGAUUAUAAGAGCAACUCAAGUGACUUGAGUAAUGUGAAUUAGUAGUUUGAGAACAAUGUUCUGGAAAAUACAUGUUCUAAAGAUUUUUAGCUGUGGUAAUUUUUACUUUAAUGUUAAGUAUUCAGGAGGGAGACUACUAAGUCUUGCAUUAUGGAACCAGUUAGUGCUUUGUUAACAACUUAACAUCAUUCAAAGGCACAAAAGCCUCUGGUGAAUUUAGAAGGAUUAGAAUUAUCACUGGGCCUUGGCCCAAUGGGUCCUAUAGAAUAUUGGACUCUCUAGACGAAAUAAAGUGUCCGAAUCUUGAAAUAA